AUGAAGUUAUUGUUACAAGUUCACUUGGUGUUGUGGUUUUUGAUUGCCACUGUUUGCGGUAGAGAUUUCCGUAGAGGAACAUUUAUUGACUGGGGUAGUAAACGUAUUGGUAAAGGCGAUGUCCACAUUUAUUCCAAAGCUGUAUGGUCAAUCAUCAAUAAUCAUGCUUCACAUUUUGAUGGAAAUAUUUACGUUGAAGCUCAUGCUGGUCUUUACGUUUCUAGUAUCUCACCACGUUGUUCAUUAUCUGCUACUUUGUCCUCUCUGAUUUAUGGCUUUGUCAACCACGGUGUUGUUUCCUUCAAUGCCAUUAAGGGUGCUUCAGGCUAUGUGUUUAAGAUUAUGGGUAGCAAAUUUGAAAAUAACGGUGAUUUAUUUUUUUCUGCGUCUGGGUUGAGUUCUGUUACUUGUGGUAUCAAAUCCAAGCGCUGGUACAACAAAGGUUGUAUCCAUGUUUACCAAAAGUGGAAGAGUGAUAGUUGUACCCAUUUAGGUUAUGAUGGGUUGACAAUUGUAAACAAUGGUCAAAUUUGCUUUACUAACCACAAUUGGAAACAGCUUGCUGGUAUCCUGGGCACAGGAUGUGUUACUGCUCAUGGCCAAUCAUCAUUUUAUUUCUUGAAAACCAAUUUGAAGAUUGCCGAAAGUCAAAUCUUCUAUUUGGCUGAUGGUGAAACUUCAAUCAUGGCAGUGGCAUCACGUUAUAGACCCCAAACGUUCCACGUUAGAGGGUUUGGUAAAAUCAAUGGUGUUGCCAACAAGAUUGGCUUGUCAUCAAGAUUAUAUUCUCGAGUUCCGGGAAGAAAACCAUGGAGUUACGAUGCUAGACGUGGUAUAUUGACAUUGUAUACCGGAUUAUACUCACAACGAUUUGAAAUUGGAAUAGGGUACGAUGUCACCAAGUUUGAAAUUGUUACUGAUAGAUGCAGAGGUUUACCUGGUGUUCACUUGGGCGCUUUGCAAUACAAUGGACCACCACCACAUCCAGGCAUGCCACCUCAAUGUCAACCAUGUAAACCAAUCCCAAGUAUUCCAGGGGAGGAGAAGCCACCAACUAGUUAUACAAUUGAUACUGCUACAAUUGAACCAAGUGAAGAGCCAAGUGAAGAACCAGUUGAUCCAACUACCGAACCUACUGACGAGCCUACUGUUGAGCCUACUGACGAGCCUACUGUUGAGCCAACCGUUGAUCAACCAACCACGUCAUUGACCCAUGGACUUAUCUUGACAGUAACCGUUACUUCUACAUCCAUCACAACUACUACUUCUACUACCACAGCAAUGGGCACAGUGACGGUUAGAGGAUGGUUUUGA